AAUAUCACUUGUGAGCUCCAAGGAAUAUGUGGACAAAAAUGGUUUGACCAAUUAUAAAUAAUUGAUAAAUGGUAACCUAACAAGGGCUUAGAUGACUGUUAAGCCCACACCUGUAGUCUUCCAUCUCUAUUCAAACCACUCUUCAACUUCAGCAUCGCACUCCGCCCGAAAAUGACAAAAUUCAGGAAGCUUAAUCGACCUACAGGUCAUCGAAUGUCUAUGCUCAGGACAAUGGUGUCACAGUUGGUGAAGCACGAGCGCAUUGAAACCACUAUUGCUAAGGCAAAGGAAGUCCGGAGGCUUGCUGAUAAUAUGGUACAGCUUGGGAAAGAGGGUACUCUCAGCGCUGCAAGGCAUGCUGCUGCCUUUGUACGUGGUGAUGAUGUCAUUCACAAGUUAUUCACGGAGUUGGCUUAUCGAUACAAAGAGAGAGCUGGUGGGUACACGAGAUUACUUCGAACCCGAAUUCGAGUUGGUGAUGCUGCACCAAUGGCCUAUAUUGAGUUUAUAGAUAGAGAAAAUGAACUUAGACAAUCUAAACCACCAACUCCGCAACCUUCUCAGAGGGCUCCCUUAGAUCCCUGGACAAGAUCUCGACUUACCAGACAAUUAGCACCACCCAAAGAAGAGAAAAGCUCCGAAGCUGAGAAUUAAGUUACAAUGAUUUUGAAAGGUUUUGUUUUCAUCUUUCUAUUUGAUAUGUAACCUUUUGUAAUUCUGUAAAGGUGAAAUUUUUUUUCUUCCUCGUUAGCGUUUAAUGAAAUACUGGGAUGUCAGAUAUGGUAGAAUCCACUAUGAGUGAAAUAAUGCAGAUUUGGAUUUAUCGUGGUGCUUACCAUGUUCGAACUGGCUUUUA